AUGCUUUCCAAAUCCAAAUCUACAAGAAACUCGAAAGUUUCGAAAAAUGCCAACAUGCCAAUUAUCCCAAUUGAUUUACUCCCCGAUAUUUUUCAACAUUUCGAAAAUGACCGUCAAGCUAUAUAUAAUUGUGUUUUCGUGAAUCGUGCAUUUUGUCGAACGGCUAUACGUAUUUUAUGGCAAGAUCCAUUUGAAGUAAAUACACCUAGAAAAUCUACCUGGCCGUAUGCAAAUUAUCGAGCAGCCGAAAACAUAAUUUCACUUUACUUGGCAUGUCUCAGCUACCAAGACAGAAAAACAUUGUCGAAAAUCAAGAAUUUGAAAAUACCACAGAGACCAACAUUUAACUAUCCGCAAUUCUUGAAAUAUUUCGACGAACAGAGUGUUUACAUUUACAUUCGAUCCGGUCAAUUCUACAAUAAUAAAUUAGGUGAAGUAACCGAAGCGUAUAGCAUACAUUCGGCCAUUAUGAAUUUGACUUUGAGGGAGUCACAAAGACUUCAUUAUAUAACUUUUGAAUGUAGUUAUAUUUUCGAAAAGGCGCCUUGUAAACUUACAAGUCUAAGGCACAUUCAAUUUAACACUCGUUCUUCUGGUGUCGAUAUGCCGAAGAGACAAGCAGAGAAUGUUGCAAAUUUAAUACGUCAUCAGAUUCAUUUAGAAUCUUUUACAACUUCUUCGUUAACUGCAGGCUUAAGUACAUUGUUUGAUGCCCUUGCGAUUCAAAUUCGGACUCUCAAACAGCUUGAAUUCGUUCUAUGUGACUUUAGCCAUUUUGAUUGGGCGGAACAUGAACAACUCUUAGAGAGUAUUGAUAAAUUGGUUUUGAAGAGAUGUACGAAUGUGCCUCUAUCAAUGGUUGAGAAUUUAUCUAUUUUCAAAGAAAAACAAAUAACGUGGGAUGCUUACACUUUUUCGCGAAAACACAUUUAA